GUUUUCACAAUGAAACUUCCAUACACUUCUAAAUAUUUAGUUACGAUAGAUAAAGACUGUUAUUACUUUAAUUACUUUUUAUUUUUUUCUUACAUAAAUUUCACUAAAUUUGAUUUGUAGUUUUUGACUCACUCUGAACGAAGCAAAAUCCUUUUUGUAGUCGAUGUUACAUAGUAGUGCUGAAAUAAUCUUUCAUCGAUUAUGUGUUAGGAUCACAAUUUAAGUAAUUAAACAAAAAUAAGUUUUUAUUACACACAUUUAAUUUCGUCACACCGUACCCUCUAAACAUGUAAUUAAGAUAUCUUAUUUAAGUACUAGUACGAAAUCUGCUUUUUUAUUUUCCAUAUCUUCUGUGACUAUAGUGACUACUGUUAAAAUGGUGCAAAGGUAGUCGAAAAUUUAAACGUCAAUUUAAAAGUUAAUAGCUACUCGAGUGGUCUGCUCCUAUUUGGUUAACGCUAUAGUCCAGAAAGUGUAAGAGAAACUAAAUAAAGGCAUUUUGUAUCUUCCCAUGAAUGAGACGAAUGAAUGAGGUUUUCGCAAACACAUAUACUAAUGUAAACGUUUUUUUCCAAUCUUAGUGACGGUCUGCACAUUUGGAAUCAUCCGAUAACCCAGGAUUCUAUGUCGAAGGUUAAGCGACACCGAGUUGUAGUCACGUUAUUAAGAACUCGUUUACCGAAUGACACAAUGAAACCUAAAAAAUUAUAGCGUUCAAUACUUAGCUUAAAUUAGUACGAGAUUCACAACAGAGAGUCCGAAUAAUAUCGCGAAAAUCUUUAUUGUGUCGUGCAGUCAGCAUAUCAAUCGUCACUAAUAACAUUUAUCGAUUGCUACAAAGGUUCGAUUUUUUCAUUGGGUCAUGCGGGUUUACUUUAAAAAAGCGUACUUAUCCGGCGAACUAGAAUGACUGGUACGAAUGGAGAUACUAUUAAUAACGAGAAUGAGUUGAUUUUUAGAUGGCUAAAGUAUUUUGUCGAUGUGGAAGACUUGAGCAGGACUGUGCUCCGUACGUCAGCAAACCCCACGUGGGAAGACUCCUGACAUCGGCUCCAGGACGUAUACUGAGAUUAUGCGAGAACAGCUCCUAAAAGGAGAGGAGACCGAGUUAAGGAAAAAAUUGGUAGAAAAAGCAAAGGAUGGCACUCUAAAAGCGAACGGAGAACCCAAGUUGGCUCCUAAAAAGAGAGGCCGAUGGGACCAAACCGACGACACCCCGACUCCCAAGAAGGCAGCCGGAACGGCGGCGACACCGACGUCGUGGGACAAUGCUGACGUAACGCCAGCAGCGAUCAGAUGGGACGAGACCCCGGGCCACGGGAAAGGCGGAGAAACUCCAGGAGCUACACCAGGAGUGAGCACCAGAAUGUGGGACGCUACUCCGGGUCAUGCCACUCCUGGCGCCGCUACUCCUGGAAGGGAAACACCGUCUCACGAGAAGACAGCGUCCAGUCGACGAAAUCGAUGGGACGAGACCCCUAAAACUGAGAGAGAGACUCCUGGACACAACAGUGGCUGGGCCGAGACACCUCGCACCGACAGAGUGGCCGGCGAUCUGAUCCAGGAGACACCGACCCCGUCGGCGAGUAAACGCAGGAGCAGGUGGGACGAGACUCCCUCGAAUCAGACUCCUGGCUCCAUGACUCCGCAGACUCCAGCCACCCCGUUGACGACUCCUCACCAGACGUCCAUCCUGACUCCGAGCGGAGUCACCCCCACCGGACCAAAAGCCAUGGGACUGUCGACCCCAACCCCGGGUCACCUGAUGUCCAUGACGCCGGAGCAGCUUCAGGCUUAUCGCUGGGAACGCGAGAUCGACGAGAGGAACAGGCCUCUCUCGGACGACGAGCUGGAUGCUCUCUUCCCGCCCGGGUACAAGGUCCUCCAGCCACCUGCUGGUUACAUACCGAUUCGCACGCCCGCUCGGAAGCUGACGGCGACGCCGACGCCGAUCGCCGGGACGCCCCAGGGGUUUUUCAUCCAAACCGAGGAUAAAAGCGCGAAAUUCGUGGACAACCAGCCGAAGGGCAACUUGCCGUUCAUGAAGCCGGAGGACGCGCAGUACUUCGACAAGCUACUGGUCGACGUAGACGAGGAGAGCCUAAGCCCGGAGGAGCAGAAGGAGAGGAAGAUCAUGAAGCUCCUUCUGAAGAUCAAGAACGGGACCCCGCCAAUGAGGAAGGCCGCUCUUCGACAGAUCACCGACAAAGCGAGGGAAUUCGGAGCGGGUCCACUGUUCAACCAGAUCCUGCCGCUUUUGAUGUCGCCGACGCUGGAGGAUCAGGAGCGGCACUUACUGGUCAAGGUUAUCGACCGGAUCCUGUAUAAAUUGGACGACCUCGUGCGGCCGUAUGUCCAUAAGAUCCUGGUGGUGAUCGAACCGCUGUUGAUCGACGAGGACUAUUACGCUCGCGUGGAGGGGCGAGAGAUCAUCUCGAACCUGGCCAAGGCGGCUGGACUGGCCACGAUGAUCUCCACCAUGAGGCCCGAUAUCGAUAAUAUCGAUGAGUAUGUGCGAAACACGACUGCCAGAGCUUUCGCCGUGGUGGCUUCCGCCCUGGGGAUCCCCUCGUUGCUGCCCUUCCUAAAGGCCGUUUGUCGCAGCAAGAAGUCCUGGCAGGCUCGACAUACCGGGAUCAAGAUCGUCCAGCAGAUCGCCAUCCUCAUGGGCUGCGCGAUCCUGCCUCAUCUGAAGAGCUUGGUGGAAAUCAUCGAGCACGGACUGGUGGAUGAGCAGCAGAAGGUGCGUACGAUCACCGCCCUGGCGAUCGCUGCCCUGGCCGAGGCGGCUACCCCAUAUGGUAUCGAAAGCUUCGACUCGGUGCUGAAACCUCUUUGGAAGGGUAUUCGUACUCAUAGAGGAAAGGGCUUGGCGGCCUUCCUCAAGGCCAUUGGGUAUCUGAUCCCCUUGAUGGACGCCGAGUAUGCUAAUUAUUAUACCAGGGAGGUAAUGCUGAUCUUGAUCAGAGAGUUCCAGUCGCCCGAUGAGGAGAUGAAAAAGAUCGUCCUGAAGGUCGUCAAGCAGUGCUGCGGGACCGAUGGUGUGGAGGCGCAGUACAUCAAGGAUGAGAUCCUGCCACACUUCUUCAAACACUUCUGGAACCACCGGAUGGCACUGGAUCGGAGGAACUAUCGACAGCUGGUAGACACCACCGUGGAGAUCGCCAAUAAAGUUGGCGCCUCUGAAAUUAUUAACAGAGUAGUGGAUGAUCUGAAGGACGAGAACGAGCAAUACAGGAAGAUGGUCAUGGAGACGAUCGAAAAGAUCAUGGGGAAUCUGGGAGCUGCUGAUGUUGACUCGAGGCUCGAGGAGCAGCUGAUCGAUGGCAUCCUUUAUGCCUUCCAGGAGCAGACUACCGAGGAUGUUGUUAUGUUGAAUGGCUUCGGCACCAUUGUUAAUACCCUAGGGAAGAGGGUCAAGGCCUAUCUGCCUCAGAUCUGUGGUACCAUAUUGUGGAGGUUGAACAACAAGUCAGCGAAGGUCAGGCAGCAGGCUGCUGAUCUGAUUUCUCGCAUCGCAGUUGUCAUGAAGACCUGUCAAGAGGAGAAGCUGAUGGGGCAUUUAGGAGUGGUAUUGUACGAGUACUUGGGAGAGGAAUAUCCCGAAGUGCUUGGUAGUAUACUCGGUGCACUGAAAGCUAUUGUGAAUGUGAUCGGAAUGACCAAGAUGACACCUCCGAUCAAGGAUCUGCUUCCUCGACUUACUCCUAUUCUGAAGAAUAGACAUGAGAAGGUUCAGGAGAAUUGCAUCGAUCUGGUUGGCAGGAUCGCUGAUCGGGGUCCAGAAUAUGUGUCUGCGAGGGAGUGGAUGAGGAUUUGCUUUGAACUCCUAGAGCUGCUCAAGGCUCAUAAGAAAGCCAUCAGGAGAGCCACUGUCAACACCUUUGGAUACAUAGCGAAAGCCAUAGGACCUCAUGAUGUCUUAGCUACGCUGCUAAAUAACCUCAAAGUUCAGGAGAGACAAAAUCGUGUCUGCACUACGGUAGCUAUAGCCAUCGUUGCAGAAACCUGUAGUCCCUUCACCGUUUUACCUGCUUUGAUGAACGAGUACAGAGUGCCCGAAUUAAAUGUGCAAAAUGGUGUGCUGAAGUCGCUGUCCUUCUUGUUUGAGUACAUCGGAGAAAUGGGCAAGGAUUACAUUUAUGCAGUUAGUCCACUGCUGGAAGAUGCUCUGAUGGACAGAGAUUUAGUACAUCGGCAAACAGCUUGUGCUGCAAUAAAACACAUGGCUCUUGGAGUUUACGGUUUUGGUUGUGAAGAUGCUUUGAUCCAUUUAUUAAACCAUGUAUGGCCAAAUGUAUUCGAGACUUCUCCUCACCUGGUUCAAGCAUUUAUGGAUGCUGUCGAUGGAUUACGAGUUGCCCUUGGACCUAUUAAAAUUUUACAGUAUACGCUACAAGGAUUGUUUCAUCCGGCCAGGAAGGUCCGUGAUGUCUAUUGGAAGAUUUACAAUUCACUUUACAUCGGUGGACAGGAUGCUCUUGUCGCUGGAUAUCCGCGAAUAAUGAACGAUCCAAAGAAUCAGUAUAUUAGGUACGAAUUGGAUUACGUUUUGUAAGAGACACUACAGCUCUCGAUACUGUACAUUAUUAUAAGUUAUACAUAGUGUAUACAUAUAUACACAUCCACAUCUGACGAAA